AUGUCGAUUGGAAACGCAAAGUUGAACCACCCCGCGCCGCAAUUCGACGAGAUGGCAUUAAUGCCAGACGGCAGCUUCCACAAAGUUAAGCUGAGCUCCUACAAAGGCAAGUGGGUGGUGCUUUUCUUCUACCCCCUGGACUUCACUUUUGUGUGCCCCACCGAGAUCUGUCAGUUCUCGGACUCCUUCAAAUGCUUUAAGGAGAUCAACUGUGAGGUGAUCGCGUGCAGUAUGGACAGCGAGUUCUCCCACAAGGCGUGGACGGGCAUCGACCGCAAGAAGGGCGGGCUCGGCGCCGUCAACUUCCCCAUCCUCGCCGACAAAACAAAGUCCAUUAUGAAGGACUAUGGCGUGCUCAUUGAAAGCGCCGGCAUCUCCUACCGCGGCGUAUUUAUUAUUGACCCCAGUGGCAACCUCCGCCAGUUCUCUGUGAACGAUAAUCCCGUCGGCCGCAAUGUGGACGAGGUGAUUCGCCUUAUCAAGGCCUUCCAGUUCGUGGAGAAGCAUGGCGAAGUUUGCCCAGUGAACUGGAGGCCCGGAGAUAAGGCAAUGAAGCCCAACGCAGAGGGCGCCUUGGAGUACUUCUGCCAAAAGUAA